CCGCAAAUUAGCCACAGCACUGCCUUUACCCACACGCAACUGCCUCUUGGCGGCGGCGCGAAACAUCCGUCGGAGCAGGAGCUAGGGUUUCGGCGAGAUGUCGGCGUACGACGAAGUGGAGAUCGAGGACAUGGAGUGGAACGCGGAGCUGGGAGCGUACACGUACCCGUGCCCCUGCGGCGACCUCUUCCAGAUCACGCUCGCCGACCUCCGCCUCGGGGAGGAGAUCGCGCGCUGCCCCUCGUGCUCCCUCUUCCUCACCGUCGUCUACAACGCCGAGGACUUCGCCGAUGCCAAGGAGCCGCCGCACAAGCCGUCCCCGCGCCCUGUCGCCGUCGCCUGAGGCGACCCGUGCACCGGCGAGAUGGGUGCUUGAAAUCAAUCUCAGAGCAGGGAGAGGAAUGAGAGUGCAUGUUUGACACACACACGGGAGCAUUUGUACUACUACUUGGAUGAGAAAACUCGAGUCAUCAUAUCGAUUGUUGGUUGUUAGCUGAUUUGUAUUGAUACGGUACAACGCAUCAUGAAUGACUGAUGCUUCGAAAUUUUGUUAGUGCAAUCUAUUCCUUCU